AUGAAUUUAAUCUCCACUAGUCUAUUGCUAUUUUUAUCUAUUGCAUCAUUAUCAAUUAUGCCAGUGGUAAUUACCGAAUUCAGUAAUCUUUAUAUUCCAAUUGAAUUUAAUGAAAAUAAUCAAAUGUUCCUUCGGUUGGAACAAUUUAAGCUUGUAUUGGAUAAGGACGAUCAGUUGACAGUGAAAGAUGGUGAUUGUGUAACAACAGUGGAUUUGGCUGCACCGAAUGCCAAAGAAAUUAAAGCUCACAAAGCACAUAGGCAAGUGACAAGAAUAUGUACAUCAUGGUAUAGCAAAAACGUGGCAAAAAAGUCUAAUUCAACCGUUAAAAUGUAG